UCAGUUGUUAUUUUGUUUUGGCCAACGACAGAUCGUUCGACACAGACGCGGAGAGGCUAAUACUAUAUAUACUUCAAUAUAUAUAUAUAUAUUUAUUUACACACCUAUAUUAAGGAAUAAACGCAACACUUCUCAAAAUGUGUAACGCUCUAUGUGAAUGCCUUAAGUGCCCUGGCAAAGUGGUUUGCUGCUGCUGUUCAUGUGCCUGCAAAAUGCUGUGUAGCAUUCUCUUCUCAGUAAUACUCCUGGCGGUGAUCAUUGGAUUGAUCGUCUACUUCACAGUCUACCACAACAAGGAUAACGGCGAUUCAACGAAGGCGCUGCAAAAGAUGGCUCCCAUUGUUAAGCGUAGUAUACGCGAUUACUUCCAUAAGGAAUACUGAUUUGGAAGCACGCCAAGAAUUUAUAUCAUAAGUCAUAUACUGUAGUAAUUUAGUUAUCGAACGAAAUAAGAAAUAAUACUAAUACCCGAAUCCUAA